AUGGACCACUACGGCGUGGCCUACCACGGCGACGACGUCGGCCAGUUCAGCGGCCGAGGAGCGGAGUACGCGACGGUCACGUCCGCGCCACCCAAGCGGCCGGCGGGGCGGACCAAGUUCCGGGAGACGCGGCACCCGGUGUACAAGGGCGUGCGGCGACGCGGGCCGGCGGGGCGGUGGGUGUGCGAGGUGCGGGAGCCCAACAAGAAGUCCCGCAUCUGGCUCGGCACGUUCGCCUCCGCCGAGGCCGCGGCGCGCGCCCACGACGUCGCCGCGCUGGCCCUCCGCGGCCGCGCCGCAUGCCUCAACUUCGCCGACUCCGCGGACCUGCUCACCGUCGACCCGGCCACGCUCCGCACCCCCGAGGACAUCCGCGCGGCCGCCAUCGCGCUCGCCGAGGCCGCGUGCCCUCACGACGCGUCCUCCUCCCCCUCCUCUGUCCCAGCCGUCCAAGCUGCCGCGCCGGCGCCGGGGAUGAUGAUGCACCACCAGGGGAUGUCGCUGCAGCUGGAGGCGGCCGCGGCGGCGCCGUAUGACGACUACACCAUGUACGGAAGCAUGGGGGGCUUCGACAAUCACUCGUACUACUACGACGACAUGAGCGGCGCCUACGGGGGCGGAGAAUGGCAGAGUGGCUCGCAUGUGGACGAGGACGACGACGAUGGCAGCGGCAGCUGCGGCUACGGCGCCGGCGAGGUGACGCUAUGGAGCUACUGAUCGACCCAGCUGGUUUUGAGUUGGUCCGCAGCUUUGAUUAAUUUGGAGCGCGGGAAGAUGAUACAGUAAGAUAGAUUUGUCUAGCCGGUGAAGUAGAGAACAGGGAAUGCAAAAUGCAUCGCCAUGCUCAUGUCCUUCCUCUUUUCGAGCGGGAUUGAGAUCGAUCCUUUCGCUAUGUCGUUCAGUGUAGGAUAAAGAAGAAGAAACAUAGUUGGUCGGGAGCUCAAUUAAUUUGGAGCGCGGGAAGCAGAUAUUUGUCUACCCGUAAAGCAUAGAACAGGCAUGCAAAAUGCAUCGCCCUGUCCUCUUUUUUUAUAUAUUUUUUUAAGCUUGAUGAAAAUUUUGUAACA